AUGUUUAUAGCCAUAUAUGCUGUUCUAUUCUCUUUGCUCACAGAAGCUGUCCUGGGAGUGACACUGGAGCAAAAAGAUCUCUCCAUGACUAAAGGGGAGGGCAAAAGUGUGUAUAUCAGCUGCAAAGUGACCGGAUUAACCACCACUUAUGUCCACUGGUAUCAGCAGAAAGAUGGUGAAGCUCUCACAAGGAUCCUAUAUGUCAGUAGUGGAAGCAAACCUGUUCAUGAUACUACCCAUCCUGAAGCAAAGGACUUUGAUGUGAGGCUACAGGCUGAUAAUUAUGAUCUAAAGAUAACAAACCUGAAGAAAAGUCACUCUGCAGUUUAUUACUGUGCCAGCUGGGAGACAGUGUGAACUGGAUACAGCUACAAAGUAUUUGGAUCUGGAACUCGACUUUUCGUCACUGAUCCUGUGAAGGAACGGGUCAAAGAACCUCAAGUGUACGUGUACCCAGUGUCCACGCCAGAAAAAGGAGAAAAAUCUUUUUUGCUGUGCCAUGCGAGAGGCAUGUUUCCAGACCUGGUGAGAUUCACAUGGCAAGCAAAAGAUCAGGGUGGAAAAAACGUGGACCUGAGAGGUGAUGAGCGGCUGGAGCAGAGAGACGAGGUUCCAGAAGUCCGAAUAACCAGCAUGCUCAUUGUAGGGAAGGACAAAGCAAAGAACAAUAAUUUCAUCUGCACUGUUAAACAUGACAGCAGUGUUAAAGACAAGGAAUUACAAAUUCCAAGAGAAGAAGACACUUCUAAGUCAAACGCUGGUGUUCUUAAUACCUGUCCAACUCAAAAAGCAGAAGAAGCAGAAGAAGUGGAAGAAGAAAUCAUGAAUUUUGGUGUGUUUGAGCACAGCCGCAGUCUGUACCUAUUCAGUGUGACAUACGUGUUACUGCUGGUGAAAAACGUGUUGUAUUUUUGCACUGUCUUUGUCUUACUGUUCAAGAGAAAUCCUGCUAAGAUAUAGAUGAUUAGAGUCAAAGUUCGCUGAUCAGUCCAUCAGCCAAAGAACACAACUCAACACACCAACUUCUUUCAGAAUUAUCUACAUGUAUUUUUACUCUUAAUUUUUAAAUUCAAAAACUUUCACUUGGAUUCACCUGACAAUUCAUUUGCCUACCUUUUACUAUUAAUAUUUUUUUGUGUUUAAACAAUUUGAAGAUUCUAAUCAUUUGCAUAUUUUAAACGUACGUCAGUUUGUAUGCACAGUUAAGUUGAAACUUUCUUUCAACUCGUGAUAUCUUAUAACCAUUCUUUGUAUUUGUUGUCUAUACAAUUGUUUUAUUAACGAUGUGCUACUGUUUUAUUAAAA